UUCAGGUCCGUCACUCCCACACUCUCUCGAUGACUAGAGCAGACCAACGACGAGCUGCAUUGAGACACAGUGAUGGCUCAAUCGACCAAGUCCAAGUCACUGUCCCCUCACCACCCAUCUCAUGCAGCUUGAUGACGGAUCAGGCUUGUCUCAAGCGAUCUUGUGUCAAUUGAGUCGAUAAUCGGCCAAGGACUCGACAAGCACACUAGAGCCGCACAUACACACGUUCUCUAAUCAAACUCCCCGCACAAAACGAACCUUAUCGUGUGUUUCAAACCGCUUGGCUCAACAUUAGGUGCCUAUAUACCCGGCUGUCACGCUGCCGGUAUCGUCAUCUAUCGCUAUCGUCGCCGCUGCAUAGAUGCUCUCCACCAGGAUGCGACCGUCUCUCUGUCCCUUCUGCGAGGCCGCUGCCUUCAUGGCACGCCCGGCAUUCCAAAUGCGCUCCAUGCGCCACAUGGCUACUACACAAAAACCUCGCCCAUCGCGAAUGGGUCUGUCGCCCAAGGUCGCCCUACCCGAAGCGAAGGCCCCGAGACGACGUACAAAUAGCCCGUUCGGUGGUAUGAACGUCACGCACGCAGACUUCCGUCAUGCCCCUCGCCAGCGACCGUCAUCGGCAGAACAAAAGAGAGCGACGCGAAAUGCUCCAGAAAAGUACAAGCCCAAGGAUGACAAGGACAAAGACCCAUUCAAGGCUCUGAAGAUGCAACGCGCUCUCAGUCCAAUCUCCUACAGUCAUCGUUCGGCCGUCAAGCAGAGCAUAGCGGAUACCGAGUCCUUUGACCAGUUCGGAUUACUACCCUCCAUCCACCAAUCCAUAUCUGCCCAAGCAUUGAAAGGGCUAGAUGAUACUUCGCCCACACCCAUACAGCGUCUUGCUAUCCCAGCUCUACUCGGAACUAGCAACAAAAAAUCAAAAGAUAACAAUGCCAUGCAGCAAUAUCUAUUGGCCGCAGAAACUGGAUCUGGCAAGACAUUAGCAUACCUCCUACCUGUGAUUGAUGCGUUGAAACGUGCUGAAAUCGCGCAGGCUGAGGAGGAUGCUCAAGUUGAAAAGGAGACUGCUGCGCGCAAGAACAUGUUUGCGCUCGAGUCUCCACCGCUCUCCAAUGAGCCUCAUCCCACUACCGGACGUCCUCGUGCCAUCAUACUGGUUCCCACUGCAGAGCUAGUACAACAAGUCGGCGCUCUGGCCAAGUCGUUAUCCCACACAACCAAGUUCCGUGCUGCACUUAUCUCUGCCAACUUUACUGGUACCGUUAUUCGCAACCGCUUGUUCUCACCUUCAGGUGUUGAUCUUCUCAUCUCUACCCCACACCUACUUGCGAGCAUCAGCGAGAACGACCCAAAUGUGUUAUCGCGCGUCACUCACAUGGUCGUCGAUGAGGCCGACUCGCUCCUCGAUCGAUCCUUUGCUCCUAUCACUGGCAGCAUUCUAGAUCGUGCCACUCCAAGCUUGAAACAGCUUGUCCUAUGUUCAGCCACGAUUCCUCGCAGUCUCGAUUCUCAUCUUCGCAAGCGUUUCCCCGACAUCCGCCGUCUUGCCACGCCGAACUUGCAUGCGAUUCCUCGUCGUGUCCAACUCAGCGUUGUCGACGUCGAGAAGGACCCCUACAAGGGUAACAGAGACCUGGCUUGCGCAGAUACGGUGUGGAAUCUGGGUCGUGAAGCAGGUGAAGAUGCUGUGAAAAGGGUCAUUGUCUUUGUCAACGAGCGCGAGAAAUGCUCCGAACUAUCAUUGUACCUUCAAAGCAAAGGUGUUGACGCGUUGGCUCUCAGUCGUGAUUCCGACGAGCGAAAACAGGCUCAAACCCUGGCCGAGUUCACAGGAGCGACGAUUGACUCCAAGGCCAGUCAGGCUCAGGCCAAGGCCAGUCCCGCGGUGCAGGCGGCCCUUCCUGGGAAAAGGCAAUUGACCAACACCAAGGUACUUGUCAUGACUGAUCUUGGAUCUCGUGGUAUCGACACCUUGAUGGUUCGCAACGUCAUUCUGUACGAUGUACCCCACACCAGUAUUGAUUUUAUCCACCGCCUUGGUCGUGUUGGACGUAUGGGCAGGCGAGGUCGCGGGUUCGUCCUUGUCGGUAAAGGCGACCGCAGGGAUAUCGUAAAAGAAGUCCGUGACGGCAUGUUCACCGGCAGUGCAUUGAUUUAGUGUUCAUACAGAAGUGAAGGAAGCAGAUGCAAGAUCGUCAGCCUUAUAGUUUGGGCUAUGCAAACUACUACUUUUACUCUUUCCCUUGAAUCUCAACUCAUCAGCAAUCGGAGUUUGCGUUCAAAUUAUGAUUCCCAUAAAUAGCAUGAAUAAGAUCACGUCCUUGAC